AAUUUUCGUGUAGGGCUGGAAAACAAUAAUUGACAGCAAAACAAAAGACGUUUCUACGGGCAGUGCGAAUGAGACUUGUUGGGUCUCGAAAUCACGCAUCUAAUUGUCCAGCGUGAUAUGGCUGCAAACGGAAAUCCCGAGGGGCCACCACACUCUGACGACAUAUCUAAGCCUUGCGUGAACCUGAAUGCAUUUCAGAAAAAAAUGCAAGAGGAACAUAAACAAGCCGUUGCUGCUUCAGACACAAAGUUUGCAGCUUUAGAAAGAGAGCGCAGGAAACGAAUUGCAGUUAGCUGCAAUGCACUUCGUGAUAUGCUGCCAAAAUUUUCCAGAAGGAGAAAUGACAUGGUUGCCAUUCUUGAGAUGACAACAGUUUAUCUGGAGCUGGUUCAGAAACUCCUGCCAGUUGAUCUACAUGACACUUUUCUUACUCCACCAGAAGACCUUCGUACCAAAUGGCAUCAGACAUAUGUGACUGAGAAAUAUAAUGGAAGAACCAUGAAAAUACAUUCUCUUGGAAGACCAGAUACCUCAACCUUGCCUCCUGAAUCAAGGGACCAAGGCAGAGUGCUCAAACAUACUUAUAACUAUCAGCUGAAUCGGCCUGCAGAUAACAGUCUUGUCCCCCCUGGAUUGUCUAAUACAAGUUCUAGCGAAACUGUGUUUGUAGCUGAAGCAAAGCCAUACCAGUACAGUGAUUUGCCUAACCUGGAGAAUCUGGAAGCUACAGCUGCAGAGACCUUUUUUUCUCCUGACUUUUAUGACAGUUUGCCUGUUUCUCCUUCCAAACCUGAUUCCUUUGCUUAUAACCUGGAUAUGUCUUGGGGUUGGAGCUGUUCACCCCAGCAAACACAUGAGGACUCUGAUCGAGUAAUUGAAUUACUUGCUACUCCCAGACUUCCUACUCGUUGUCUAUCAGAUUGUACAGUGGAACAGCCAGCAAUAAUGAUGCCUUGUGCUCCCAUAAGCAAAGCCAAAUGGAUAUCCACAUGUGGUUAUGAGAAGUAUGUUUAACCUUAAAGUUCCAGUGUGCCAAGAAGAAGCAGUCACUAGUACUACAGUGCGAGAUGAUUGCUGUGACUCUAGCAUUGAAACUGGUGACAACAACUUGGCCCCUGUGGCAUCUUUACCAAGUCUUAAAUUAGAGGAGGAAGGUCUUUUGUAAUGUUUCUUUGUGUAAAGAAGGCCAAAUUUUGAAACUUUUGAAUCUGUCACGCAUUAAAUUUUUUUUUUUUUGGUCUAUAGUGUUUAUGAUUGUAUCCCUAUUACUACAUACUGUGCGCUGAGACGGGUGUACUUUUUAAAUUUUUCAUUUGUGGAAAUUUUGAGGCAGUUUUCAGAAAAUAUCAUAUCCAUUAUAAUGUCACCUUUUUUUUACCUGACAAAACCAUUUAUAUUGUGUUGUAUAAAUUAAGAUGUUGGAAAAAGUAUAAAGUUUUUGUUGCAUUUGCAUAUAAUACAAAAAGCGCCUACUCUAUCUGUCCACAUGAAACAACUCUUCUCCCAGUGAAUCUGUUUUUGUUGAUAUUGCACACUUUUUCUUCAAGCAGAUUAGUUAGGUCAGCUUAAUUUUGGUUGUGAUACCAUGCAUAGAGCACACUGUACAAAACAAAC